ACGAAGGCGGAGUAGAAGGAGGAGGGAAGCUCGAGCGUUACUGAGCGUUCGGCUCCCGAAGUCUGUUUAGUUGAGGGGCCUUGGGCAUUGUCGAUUUCUUUCUCAGAAAAGGAUUAUGGAUAUCCUGUCCAACACUGAACAGCAGCGCAGCACAACGAAAAUCCUUCUACAUGAUAACGAUAGGAAUCAUACGAUAACGAUACGAUGAUGCAGGUCUCCCUUUCUGACUGUUCAGUUUUAAACAACGAAUAUGAAGACAUGAAACACCAGUUUUAAAGACUGACCUUCGUGAUCUAAAGAUUUAAAUGAGGUCAGUUAAAAUAAAUAAAUCUGCUAGUCAUCGCUGAAGAUUGCCUAGUCUCCUGUGUCACCGGCAUUGGCCAGCUGUGCUGAACUUGAGCUUCUGCGUUGAAGAGAAUGACCACUGAGAGCUCUCUGGAGUCCACCAGCCCCAUGAGGACGGGUUCGGCGUCAGAUGGGAUGCAUCCCGGAUUAAUGGACACUCCGACUGCCUUUGAAAGCCAGGGUACUGACCCAAGCAAAGGAAAAAAGAACAACUCGGGAUUGCGGCGUCCCGAAAAGCCACCCUACUCUUAUAUUGCGCUCAUUGUGAUGGCGAUCCAGAACGCACCGACAAAGCGUCUCACUCUGAGCGAGAUUUACCAGUUCCUACAGACGCGGUUCCCUUUCUUCAGAGGUUCUUACCAGGGAUGGAAAAACUCCGUUCGACACAAUUUGUCUCUGAAUGAAUGCUUCAUUAAGUUGCCCAAAGGCCUGGGGCGCCCUGGAAAAGGCCACUACUGGACCAUAGAUCCUGCGAGUGAAUUCAUGUUUGAGGAAGGCUCCUUCCGGCGGAGACCGCGGGGAUUUCGGAGAAAAUGUGAAGUCUUGAAGCCCAUGUACCGCAUGAUGAAUGGCUUCGGGUUCACUUCCGCCAUUUUACCCCAGAACUUUGACUUACAGUCUCCAACGUGCCACGCUAAUGGCUACAACCUAGACGUGAUAUCAGGAUCUGUGUCUGGUGGCGGGUAUGACGCCCUGAAAAUUGGCCACUAUGGACACAUGGCGAACUGUCCACUACCAACAAAUGGAAACUAUGGGGCAAACAGCAGUAGUCCAGUCUCCUCUUGCCCUGCAGGCAGCUUGGUUGAAGGUCAUUCGCAGUAUUCUGGGACAGCUCACCACUGGCCUUCACCUCCUUACCUAAAGCGCACUCCUAUUAGCUCUGGUAGUCCAGGGUCCUCUGCACAACAGCAAAGUACUGCAUCGUUAUCUUCAUGCUACUCUAUGGAGCAAGCCUAUCUGCAGCCGAGCAGUAGACACGGUGCAGACAUGACAGUGGGUGUAUCUUGCUAUCAGGCCCAUUCCACUCAAGUGGAUGAAAGGAAAGACUUUGUGUUAAACUUCAGUGGAAUCUCAUCUCUCCAUCCGCCUGCUAGUGGAUAUUAUUCUCAUCACCAUCAUCAAUACAAUCAUCAUCAUCAUCAUCAGCAGCAGCAGCAGCAGCAGCAGCAGCAGCAGAAUGUUCAGAGUGUUCAGCAGGACGUCAAGCCGUGUGUAAUGUGAAGGAGUUCUUCAAACCCAGUAUUAAAAUACCCAGUCCAACAUAUCGUCCAACAUACCCAAGCCAAUAGAUCAGUUUAUUAGCAAGCACACCGUGGUUAUUUUGUUGGUGCUUUAUUAUUAUUAUUAUUAUUAUUAUUAUUAUUAUUAUUAUUAUUAUUAUUCUUUGACUUGUCCAUUGGGGGUUGAGUCAUUGAUGUCUAUAAGGCUGCUUUCAGGUAAACCUGUAUUAUGCUAUAAAUAUUCUGUUCUGUUCUGUUCUUUCAUGAGUUGCCACAAGUGUUCAGGCCAGGGGAACAUUAACUGUACAGAGCAGGAGUUGAGUGGAGAUCUCCUAUCCAACGAUUUAUUAUUUCAAUUUGCCGUCUAACUGUAUAUUCUAUAAUAAAAAUGUAGCGUAUAAAGAAAAGAUACGUCUUCUUAUUAUUUCUUACGUAUUAUUAUUAUUAUUAUUAUUAUUAUUAUUAUUAUUAUUAUUACUACUAUUAUUAUUACAAAAAUAUGACAUUUAAUCUCGGAUUCUUAAUGAUGUAAAAUUGUACUCUUAAAAUAGCCUACUAGUUUGAUGUCGGCCUACUCAUUAAUAGGCUACGUGUAGUUUCGAAGUUCUCGCUUGAUAAGCCAAAUAUGAUUUCUUCACCUGGAAGUUUCUAGGCCUAUACAAAGCAGUCAAAUCAACCUGUAAUGAAAAGCUGAAAUAACGGUAGCCAUUAGAAACUAUUCCUGAAAGAGACAUGCCAUGUUUUAUCACGUUAUCUUUGCCGAUGUAACAGGAAAAGGCCAAAAUGAAAUCUUAGGCCUUUGUUAAAAACUUGCUUUGAUCUUUAGAUAUACAUCGUGCAUCAGAAAUUUACAAUUAGAAGGAUACAAGGGUUAAAUCCCGGAAUCUUGCUCUAGUAUACUUUCAUAUUUGGGUCACUUGUAGCGAAGGCCUUCAAGUAAAUCCACGCGUAAUGAACAAACUGUGAUGCUGCGCCGCCAUCUAGCGGCGAGAUUUUAUCACUACUCUGUCACACUAUAUUUUGUGUUUUCUUUUUUCAAAAUUGCUAAAAUAAUUAUAAACUGCCACAGUAGUACAGUGGCAAUUUUACAUUGGAGCAAAUAAAGAUCCAUUAAAGAUUAAUUAGUUAAAGGAGUGUUUGUGUGCACAUUACUGCAUGGACUUUAUUCAUGUUCUAAACAGAAACUUUUUUCUUUUUUUUCUUUUCUUUUUUACCAGUUCUCUAGCCUACAUGGUAUCAGUAGGCUACUUAUAAACUUGUAGCUUCAGUAAGGUGGCAUGCAGGCAUGCGCUGAAGUCCAAAUUCCUAUUGAGCAUGUAAUGCGCGCCCAAGAGGCACACCAUAGCAGUGUUCAAAAUGGCAUAUUUGCACAGUGAGUAUAGGUCUCUUUACACAAUCGGUCAGUCAGGAGGAAAAAACACGUGUGGGAGCAUUUCUCUCAGAAUUAAGUUAGACUGCUUCUUAUUAAGUUAGAAUGUGUUGAUUUUUGGUGAUUAAAGCCAAAACAAUGCAACGCAUACCAGCAAAAAACAAACAAACAAACAAAAAAACAACACUUUAGACAUUAUUUUGGAAGUGUAAUGCAAACUGGAACCCUUUAUGGGAACCAAAACAACCUUUAACUACACAAAAACUCCCCAAAGAACGAUUAAAGAAUCCUGUUUGUAAGAGUUUGUGGUGAUAAAUCGCACACAAAGAAUGAACCACAAUUGUCUGGAAUUUAAUAAAU